AUGAACAUUUAUUGGGCAUUGUUCAUGUUCGGUCAAUCUUCUAAAUUAACAAUGUCAUUUACUCACAAAACACUUUUUUCUUCUAAUACACUUCAAAAGAAUGCAAAUGUUUCGAUUUCAUAUUUGAAUGAAUCUGAUCUUAUAAUUUCUACAAAUAGAUUGAUUAUGAAUUCAAAUCAAACAAUUAUAUAUGAAUUCUGGGGGCGUAUUUUCUAUGAUGGUAUAACAAUUCCUAAAACUGUAAAAUCUAUUAAAGAAAGGGCAUUCGAAAAUUCAGAAAUUUAUAACAUAGAUUUUGAAGAAGAUUCACAGCUUACUACUAUUGAGAAUUAUGCGUUUAGGAAUUGCUCAAAUUUAAAAUCAUUUAUAUUUUCCCUUCCUGGUUUGAGCAAGAUAGGAAUCGAAUCAUUUAAAAAUUGCUCUCAAUUAACUUCCAUUAUUUUUGAAUCUGCAAUAAUUGAUGUAAUGAAUAAUGCAUUUGAAAAUUGUGUCAAAUUAUUGAAUGUAAGCGGGAUUUUAAAUAUUCCAGAUAAUUGUUUUAGUGGGUGUACCAAUUUAGAAAUUGUAAAUAUUCUAGAUAAUUCACGAUUUAUUGGUUCUAAAUCAUUUGAAAAUUGUUAUUCAUUAGAAAAUAUUAGUAUUCCAUCUUCUGUUCAAUUUAUAUCAGAAUAUUCUUUUCUAAACUGUGUAGGUCUUAAAUCAAUUAUCUUAAUUGCAGAAAAUGAUAUAAAGAAAAUAUCAAAUAAUUCAUUUGCCGGUUGUAUUUCACUUCAAAAUAUUAGUAAUUUCGAAUCAGCUAAUUGCAAAUGCAUUGAUAAUACUCUUUAUUAUAAAAAUAAAACAUGUGAGUAUCUCGCAUUUCAUCUUAAUCAUUCAUUAGAUAAAGCUCUUAUUAUCAACUGCAAUGUUAUCUGCAGUUAUUCAUUCAAUGAAUGUAACAACAUAUGUAACAUCACUAUUCUUCCAAAUAGUGUUUCAUUGAUUGAAAAAUAUUCAUUCAACAACUGUUUGAAUCUUCAACACAUCAACUUCCCCCUCUCAGUUGAAGCUGUUGAAUCAUUUUCAUUCAAUGAAUGUCAUUCUAUUUGUUGUCCUCUUAUUAUUGAGAACACGAAACUCGACUACAUCAGAAUGAUUAUAUAUUCAGGAAUUCCACGUCAUCUUAUUCUUUCAUGUGAAGUUAUUCAUGAUACGCGCAAUUUUGAAACACCUUAUUGUUAUGGUAAUGGAUUGACAGCAUUUUUGCUUACUUGGUAUAAAUAA